AUUCGGUAAUAAAAAUUUAAGUUCAACAAAAAUAAGGUGAAUGUACGGAGUCUUACAAUACAAUCCACAUAUAUGCAUACCUUGCUUUUUUCUUUUGAAAUAUUAUGCCAUAAAAAUGUUACAGCAAAAUAGAAAAUAAAUUAUCAAAAAUUUUAAUUAAUAGGUUUUGUUAGCAUCUAAUACAACAAACAAAAGCAACCUAAAAUAAUUUGUAGUCCACACAUUGAACUAAUUAUUGUCUCACUCCUCCAACGUAAGAUGAACGUCAUUUCCUCACCCUAGCCACAAUACCAUACCCAAAACAGCCGGGACCAUACUUUACUAAACCCACCCCACCUUAAAUUAGAAAUUAAACACCCCCAAAAUACAAUAAAUAAUAAUAAUAUAUAAAACAAAAGGUUUUAAAUAGUGAAAAUAAAUCAAGUUUAUUCCCUAAAUUAAGGUAAAGGUUUCAACGUUGUUGCCUUUGGUCUUUGGAACAUCUACACACAAUAUUAAGGUUUCAUCGUUCUUCUUAAGCCGCCGCUUAUAGUAGGUACUUUAUUUCUCAACUAGAACUAGCAAGAAAUGAAUCAAAAGUCUCAACAACAAUACUUUGGCAACAAAUCAUCAACCAAAUCUCAUCAUCCUCAAGUGAUUUGUUGGUCAUCAGAUAAUUUCUGGCAAGAUCCUUCAUCAUCCUCUGAUCUUUCAAUAGAAUGCAAUUCAAAUCAUCAUCAAUAUAAUUAUCUUGAAGAUUCCAACAACAACCUCAAAGAAGAACAACAAUUUCUCAUGUCGCCCUUAGGUAAAUAUGGUGAGCAACAGAAGCAAGAACAGCAUGGUGUUUUUCCAAUGGAUCAUCAUCAAAUAAUACAUGAUUACAACAUGCCAAUCUCUCAUCAAACAGGACUUCCUCAACAUAAUACUGGUUACUAUGAGGGAAUUCAUUCCAACGGAGUACCUCUUCCCGGGGAAGCAGCAAAUUAUGAGCCCAUUUAUGUAAAUGCAAAGCAAUACCAUGGCAUUAUGAGGCGAAGGCAAUCCAGAGCUAAAGCCGAGCUGGAAAAUAGGGCUGUUAAAACCAGGAAGCCAUAUCUUCAUGAAUCGCGGCAUCUACACGCGUUGAGAAGACAAAGAGGCAGUGGUGGUCGUUUCCUUAACACAAAGCAAUCCGAUGGCCCAACGUCUUCCAAUUCUAGCAAUCAAUACUCCUAGCUAGCUCAUCUUUGGGAUAUGCAACAACACUACUAGCUACCGAGUGAGCUUGUAUUUCUUUUAUUUUCGAUCUUUCGAGGGGAAAACAAAGGCUUUUGUGUAUAUAUUAACCAAGAGAGGAACUACCCAUAAUUUGCUUUCAGAGCUUUUACUUUCUUAUGGUAGCUUUCCUUAAACAAUCCCAUUCUCCAUUCACCCAAAAAAAAAUGUUUCUUUCUUUCCUUUUUUUUUUUUUUUUUUUUUUUUUGGGAA